AUGCCUCCUCAUUUGAUAUCUAGCCACCUUGCUAAAGUGGUGUGUGUUGAGGCAAAUGUGUUUGAUGAACUCACGAGGUUAAUUCAAGAAUACCCUAUUUUCUACAACCACUUGAAUAAUCUCCAACUUCCUGUCGCAGUCCAGCUUACCAUUUUUCUAAAUGGUAUUGGCCAUUAUGACAAUACUACAACCACUGAAGACAUAUCAAACUAA